AUGUCGUCGUUCGGAUCUGCUGCUGCUUCUAGACUCGCGGGAAAGACCGUGCUGAUCACCGGUGCCUCGUCCGGUAUCGGUAAGGCGACCGCUUAUCUCUUCGCCGAGGCGAGCGGCGGUGAGGUCACUCUUGUCCUCACUGCCCGUCGCGUUGCCGUCCUCGACUCCAUUAAGGCCGAUAUCGAGGCCAAGUACCCCAAGACCAAGGUCUUCCCCAUCGGUCUUGACGUCAGCAAGCUCGCUGAGAUCGACAGCUUUGUCGAGAACCUUCCCGAGGGAGCCAAGGACAUUGAUGUCCUCGUCAACAAUGCCGGUAUGGUCCACGGCACCGAGCAGGUCGGUGAGAUUCUCCAGGCCGACAUCGACAUCAUGUUCCAGACCAACGUCUUCGGCCUCAUCGCGCUCACGCAAAAGAUCAUCCCCAUCUUCAAGGCCAAGGGCAAGGGCGACAUCGUCAACCUCGGCUCCAUCGCCGGCCGCGAGCCAUACCCCGGCGGCGCCAUCUACUGCGCAACCAAGGCCGCCGUCAAGUCCUUCACCGAGACCCUCCGCAAGGAGCUGAUCGCCACCCGCAUCCGCAUCAUCGAGGUUGACCCCGGUCAGGUCGAGACCGAGUUCUCCGUCGUCCGCUUCCGCGGCGACAAGUCCAAGGCCGACGCGGUUUACAAGGGCGUCGAGCCUCUUAUCGCGGAGGAUAUCGCCGAGGUUAUUGUCUUUGCGGUCUCGCGUCGCGAAAACACAAUUAUCGCUGAUACCUUGGUGUUCCCUAACCACCAGGCUUCGGCUUUGAUCAUGCACAGAAAAGCGUAG